GUUCGUUUCCGACUGCCCGACUGAACACGCUGUCGUAAGGUUCGUGAAGUCUUCAACGAAGACUAGUCUUCAGCGACGAAGAGUAGUUGUGACCCUGAGUUUCUGAAACAGUUUUGAGGCAUCAAACAUGAAUGACGUUCAGUCUAACGAUACGGCUAGUUUGGACGACGCAUUGGGUAUGUUACACCCGUCUGUUCAUACGCUUGUUAGUUUCCACUAGUAGUGAUGAGGACUAUACCUCUAUGGAUACUGAUAUGCAAUGGACAAACGGAGGUAAUUGUCAAAUUUCCGGCUUACAUAAAACGCACUUAGUUAACUCAUUGAAUUCUUUCAAUAUGGCUCCGAAAGAUGGAGACUAUGAGGCAUUCAAGGAUCCAACCAUGAAAGCUUGCCAGGAGUCCGAUACGGCUCUAAACGCAUCUGAUAUGGACAGUAACAAACAGCUCCGCCGAGACCUUCGCAUCGGGAGUGCUUAUCACAUAGGAAGUUCUCGAUUCCCGCGCACCUUUUCACCAACCCCCUACUCAACACUGGAAGUCAACAAUCAGCAGUCCGUCACAACCCCUCUUGUUAUCGACAAGGAUUCAACGCCGCCUCCUACCACUACAGAUACCUUCCUAAGACAUCCUUUCAACUUGAUUCUAGCCCGUGAGCAAGGUGACAUUGGACCAGCUCCGAAAUCCAGACGCGUCCGCUACAAAGCUUCACGGUGGCGUUGUGAAGGUUCGCCCCGAAUUGAUGGGCUCCAGCUUCAGGGGCACCGAGAGCGAGGGACACGACAUGCUGAUCCUCAAACAUUCUCUGAACUAGUACAAGGCAGUUUGUGGGCGGUUUCGCGCUUGCAUUUGGAAAACAAGUUCAAGUGUCAUCGUGGAUGUGUCAACGCUCUGACCUUCAAUUCCUCUGGAAACCUGAUCGCCUCGGGUUCCGACGAUUUGAAAGUGGUUGUCACCAACUGGAUCACCAAGGAACAAGUUGCCAAGUACUCGACGGGGCACGCCAUGAACAUCUUUCACGUGAAGUUCCUCCCAGAGACUAAUGACACUAAAAUAGUGUCCUGUGCUUGUGACUCGGAGGUCCGCUUGGCUGAGCUUGCCUCAGACGGUUCUCUUGUCGGUUCCCCUCGUCUCCUCGUGGCACACAAUCGUUCUUGUCACAAACUCGCCCUCCCGCAUGGGGAACCUCACAUUGUCCUAUCAGCUGGCGCAGACGGUCAAGUAUUUUCUAUCGAUGUUCGGACACCAAAAGCGGAUAAUAUACUUUGGCUACCCUUCUCCGAAUUCUUUUCGAUCGCGUCCAAUCCAAUUUACCCGAACGAAGUCGCCCUGUGUGGUCGAAACGAAUCAAUUAUUCGCAUUUAUGAUCGGCGCAAAAUGGAUGGUCGUGACCCACGAAGUGGUUAUUUGCACUGUUUCGGUGCCGCACACCUCCGAUCUUUCGGACGUCGCACUCCUCCAGUCUUUCCCGCCGGUCUCGAUGACUCAUCCCCCAGCGACCACACGAACCCCUUCGGAGAUGUGGACUCAUCGGACUCUUCGGAGGCGGACGAGAUGGAUGUUGAUUCGGACAAUUUCCUGCAUUCGUUGUCCGCCCAACUCGGACGUCGAGUUCGCGCCGUCCUCAAUGGCCUCAGAGGUCGUGCGCAGGUAGCGUUUCGGUUCACCAACGGUCGAGGUGAAGGUACCACCACGACACAUCCAUCCUACAACCUUGAGUCUUCAAAGUACAGUGUCACCGCGGCGGUAUACAGUAAUCAGGGCGAUGGUAGGUUCACAGCUACUCGUGUGGAAGAGAUUCGAGCACCCCACAUGCUCCUUGUGUCUCAUAACUCGUGUUUUCCCCCCAAUCCUCCCCCAGCUAUCCUGGCCUCCUACAAUGACGAAGAUAUCUACUUAUUUGAUACUCGCCGUCCCUCCAGUCCGUAUCUACACAAAUACUCUGGCCACCGUAAUAUGCAGACAAUUGUUAGCGCCACAUUCUUCGGCCCGAACAGCGAGUACGUGGUUAGUGGGAGCGAUGAUGGCUUCUUCUACGUUUGGGAUCGAGAGUCCGAGGGUAUUGUGCAGUGGCUGCAUGCCGACGCCGAUGGUGCCGUCAAUGUAAUCGAGUCACACCCAACACUUCCCGUCUUAGCCUCUGCGGGGUUGGAUUUCGACUUCAAGGUCUGGUCCCCAUUGCGACCCUUGCUGGUCGACAGUGAUGAUGAACUGUACAGUUCUCAUCUGAAGUACACUUUUAGUAAAGUUGCUCCGGACAUUCGGCGACUUCGGAGAUCUCAGCUGGCCAAGGCGCUUUCCUCUGACUCGGAUAGUCACACUCAAACUGGACUGCAGCAACAGCAGAAUGGUGGAAGUCGAGAUUCCACGCCGACGAAUGAUGCCACUUCCAGUCUUCCACAUGAUACGGUUCCUUCUACUUUAUCCGAUGGUCCAACCGGUGUGCGUGCGGACGGCUCACCUCCAGUUUCCACUCUCUGUUCGGAGGUAACCUCAUCAUCGAGCAGUGCAACACUCAGCAAUGCGUGCAAAAGACUUCGACGAUCCUCAUCUCCUGAUGACGAUGCCAGAGAGAAUGUCCCUGUAGAAGAAAUGUCUCCACAGAGUGGUGAUGGUGAAGUUCCAUCCGUAGAAACCCGUCCGUCUGUUCGGCGUCAACGUAAAAAGACUCGAAAGCGGCACUCCAGUGAAACCAGCACUGACGCUCGACUACCCGAAAAACGGCUUCAAUGUACCAAAACCGAACGCACGGACAAAGAAGGCUCCGGUGGCAACCCAACAGCAGAACCUGACCAGGUUCAGCCGGUGCUUCCACAAUUUCUUCUACCCUUCAAUCGCAAUGACUUGGAAUUGCGAGUUGCACAGAAUUGGAUCAACCGUACUUCCGAACGUACUCAGUUGGACGGUUUAGAAGAGGCAGACUCUCAGCUUUUGUCGGCUAUCGAAUCCAUGACUCAGUUGCAUGCGCGGGCCGCGCAUCGCCGAGCCAGUUCACGUCACAAUGGGACUACGGGUGACGGUGGCUCGACGGACGAUGAUGCUGAUGACGACGAUGAUUCGGGCAUUCUCGGAUCGUUCCUCUUCUUCCGUCGUCCCCGGCGAGCCGCAGAACAAAGCGAAGAGACGUUCGCCACGCGAGACCGUGAGGGUUCCGCGAAUGGCACAUCAAGCAAUUCCUCCUGGGUCAGUACUCAAGAGACCAGCAAUGAAUCCAGAGUGACCCGUUCGUCAUCCUCUUCUUCCAGUUCUACCGCAACAUCUACUUCUUCCUCGUCCUCCUCCUCAUCCUCCACGUCCUCUUCAGGUUCACCGAGCACUGCGCUUUUGUCGGCUAUCGAAUCCAUGACUCAGUUGCAUGCGCGGGCCGCGCAUCGCCGAGCCAGUUCACGUCACAAUGGGACUACGGGUGACGGUGGCUCGACGGACGAUGAUGCUGAUGACGACGAUGAUUCGGGCAUUCUCGGAUCGUUCCUCUUCUUCCGUCGUCCCCGGCGAGCCGCAGAACAAAGCGAAGAGACGUUCGCCACGCGAGAUCGUGAGGGUUCCGCGAAUGGCACAUCAAGCAAUUCCUCCUGGGUCAGUACUCAAGAGACCAGCAAUGAAUCCAGAGUGACCCUUCUACCGCAACAUCUACUUCUUCCUCGUCCUCCUCCUCAUCCUCCACGUCCUCUUCAGCGUUCGUCAUCCUCUUCUUCCAGUUCUACCUCAACAUCUACUUCUUCCUCGUCCUCCUCAUCCUCCACGUCCUCUUCAAGUUCACCGAGCACUGCGGUUGGAGAAGAUUCGUCUUCGUCAGCCGAUUCCCACUCCGAAGACAGAGUGCUUGUCGAGCUGCUCAAUCUGGAGUCGGCGGCGACGUUAACAUCUGAACCCAAUUCCACGGGUGGAAAACACAAGAGGCCUUCGGAAGAUGUCGACGAUUUGGAUGAUGUAGACUGA